AUGGCAUUGAUGGUAACAUUCUUCACUUCUUCGACUUUGAAUUCAUCUUUUGUGAGUAUAAUUCCUACAUCAAAAGUUCAGGUUGAAGCUCGAUUUCGAACAUUUAUCGCGAAAUCAAUUUCAUCAUCGACUUCAGAUUCCCAAGGAAUCAAUAGACCUUUUUUUAAUGAAUACGGUAGAAUUUGCCAUAUAACAGAUGAGAAAAAGUCAAAAGUUACUAAAAGUUCCAAGGAUUUGGAAGCAUUGUGGGACGACGGAUAUGGAACUAGAAGUGUACAAGACUAUCUUGAUAUGUCGAGAGAAAUGGUUAAAGAGACCGACGGUGGUCCGCCUCGAUGGUUCUGUCCGGUAGAAUGUGGAAAUCCAAUCAAGGACUCUCCUGUUCUUUUAUUCUUGCCUGGAAUCGAUGGCACUGGGUGGGGACUCAUUUUACACCACGAAUCCCUUGGGAAGGUUUUUGAUGUUAGGUGUUUGCAUAUUCCAGUUAAUGAUCGCACAGCACUUGAAGGCCUUUUGGAAAUCAUUGAAAAUGCUGUAAGGAUUGAGCAUGCUUCAUUCCCAAAUAGACCGGUUUACUUAGUUGGGGAUUCUUUGGGAGGAUGCUUAGCACUUGCCGUAGCUGCUUGUAACCCUACUAUUGAUCUAGUACUCAUAUUAUCCAAUCCAUCAACGUCAUUUGCAGGUCUCCAUAUUACAUUUCCUUAUCUUUUUAGCAUCAUUAUGGGAAACCCAAUAAAGAUUUUGACAGCCAACGUAGAAAAUGAGCUCCUUCCUACACAAACACUAGAGCAAAUGCUUGGAAACCUCAAUGCUUUAUUACCGCAAAUAUCGGGUCUGGAGGAUAUAAUGCCAAAGGAAACACUUUUGUGGAAAUUAAAGCUGCUUAAAUCUGCUGCGGAUUUUGCUAAUUCUCGGUUACAUGCCGUUAGAGCCGAAGUACUAGUGCUUGCUAGUGGAAAAGAUAAUCUGUUACCAAGUGAAGAUGAAGCCCGACGGCUUUGGGUCUCAUUAAAGAACUGCAAGGUUCGGCAUUUUAAGGACAACGGUCACACCCUUCUAUUGGACGAUGGUCUAAACAUGUUGUCUUUCAUUAAAGCUACACACAUGUAUCGUCAUUCUAAAACAUAUGAUUAUGUCUCAGAUUUUAUCCCACUUAGUAACUCAGAGCUUAAGAACGUGUAUCUGCCAUGGCUUUCGGUGUUAAACACAGCUACCAGUCCAGUUUUGCUUUCUACUUUGAAAGAUGGCAACAUUGUGAGGGGUCUAGGAGGGAUUCCUAAUAAAGGUCCUGUCCUCCUAGUAGGUUAUCAUAUGUUGAUGGGACUUGAACUGACUCAAUUUUCCACAGAAUUCUGGAGGGAGAAAAAAACUCCACUUCGCGGUCUUGCACACCCGAUGUUGUUUUCUCCAAAUAACGAAACUUCACUAAACGAGUUUUCUUUUUACGACUUUAUAGCCAUUCUCGGUGCAGUACCUGUCUCACCAAGAAACUUUUACAGAUUACUAUCCAACAACUCAUUUAUUCUUCUUUAUCCUGGUGGUGCACGAUUGAAAUAUCGGGGUGAGGAAUAUAAGUGUUUUUGGCCAGACCAGCCUGAAUUUGUAAGAAUGGCAGCCAAGUUUGGGGCCACAAUCAUUCCAUUUGGAGUUGUUGGAGAAGAUGAUAUAACCCAAUAUGUUUUGGAUUAUGAUGAUCAAAUGAAAAUUCCGUUCCUACGAGACAUCAUAAACGAGGCCAAUCGAGAUAUUCGAAAUAUAAGAGUUGAUGCAAAGGGGGAGGUUGCGAAACAGGACAUGUUCGUUCCAGGCGUUCUGGCAAAGAUACCAGGACGGUUUUAUUACCUAUUUGGAAAACCAAUUGAAACAAAAGGGAUGGAAGAAGAAAUGAAAGACAAAGACAAUGCAAAUGCAAUGUACUUGAAGAUAAAAUCAGGGGUAGAGUACUUAUUGUCAUAUCUGUUGGAGAAAAGAGAAAAGGACCCGUAUAGAGGUAUUGUUGAAAGAACUAUCUAUAAGGCCAUGAAAGGUCCCAGCGAUCAUGUUCCUACCUUUGAACUAUAG